AUGGGUAAAUCACAAUCGAAGCUCUCCCCCUCCCAGCUCGAAGAGCUCCAGAGGGCGACUCAUUUCGAUAAAAAAGAGCUGCAACAAUGGUAUAAAGGUUUCUUGAAGGACUGCCCUUCGGGGACCCUGACAAAGGAGGAAUUCCAGAAGAUCUACCGACAAUUCUUUCCCUUUGGCGAUCCUUCCUCGUUUGCAAAUUAUGUAUUCCGAGUGUUCGACUCUGAUAAUAGCGGCAUGAUCGAUUUCAAGGAGUUUAUCUGUGCGUUGUCGGUGACCUCGCGGGGUAAGAUGGAGGACAAGCUGGACUGGGCAUUCCAACUAUACGACAUCGACGGUGACGGAAAGAUUACCUACGACGAGAUGCUGGCUAUUGUUGAGGCGAUUUACAAAAUGGUCGGCUCCAUGGUCAAGUUACCCGAGGACGAAGACACACCGGAGAAACGAGUGAGAAAGAUCUUCCGUAUGAUGGACAAGGAUGAGAAUGGCAGCCUGGAUAUGGAGGAAUUUAAGGAGGGUAGCAAACGCGACGAGACCAUUGUCAGCGCCUUGUCCCUCUAUGAUGGAUUGGUAUAA